GACGUUAUGCUGUAGCUCCUGAGACCAUGCAGGAUUCUCACACACUGGUUCACAGUGCUACCAGCACUUCUCUUCAGGCGACUUCCCUUGAUGAAUCCGAAGCUGGUGCCCGUCCCAGUCCUCGCAACCUGAAUUUCAUGAGGAAGAUCCCUCCCGGUGCAGAGGCAGCUAAUAUACUCGUCGGGGAAGUCGAUUUUCUGGAUCGUCCAAUCACUGCUUUCAUUCGUCUCAACGCUGCCACUCAUUUAGGAAACUUGACUGAAGUUCCCCUUCCAACUCGCUUUCUUUUCAUCAUCCUUGGCCCGGCUGGGAAUCUGGGUCGCUUCCACGAGAUAGGACGUGCAAUUGCAACAUUGAUGUCAGACGAAGUAUUCCAUGAGAUCGCCUACAAGGCAAAGCAUCGGAGUCAUCUAUUAGCUGGAGUGGACGAAUUCCUAGAUGCAGUGACCGUUCUGCCUCCUGGUGGAUGGGAUCCAAGCAUUCGGAUAGAGCCCCCCGAGAAGAUCCCUUCCCAGGACCUACGAAAAAGUCAUGGGAAACCAAAGGAAAAAGUUGACGAAGAGGAGGAGGAGCACAAGAUUCGAGAAGAGAAUGGGCUUGUUCGGUCUGGUCGUCUGUUUGGCGGACUCAGGAAUGACCUGAAGCGAAAACUUCCCUGGUACUUCUCCGACUUCCGGGACGCAGUGUCCGCUCAAUGCAUUGCUUCUUGGAUUUUCUUGUAUUUUGCUUGCCUUUCGCCAAUAAUCACUUUUGGCGGGCUCAUGGGAGACGCAACUGAGAAUCGCAUGGCCGCCAUGGAAUCUCUCGUCUCUGGAUUUGUCAAUGGAGUCUGUUAUGCACUGUUCUCUGGUCAACCCCUCACCAUCCUUGGCAGUACAGGACCUGUCCUCGUUUUUGAAACUAUUCUUUACGACUUUUGCAAACGCAAUGCGCUGGAGUAUCUGUCAUUUCGUUUAUGGAUCGGAGUUUGGGUGGCAAUAUUCUUGUUCAUCAUGGUGGCUGUCGACUUCUCAUACAUCGUUUGUCUCAUAACACGUUUCACCGAAGAGAAUUUCGCCUGUCUCAUAGCCGUCAUCUUCAUAUACAAAGCUGUGGAGAAAGUGACGAUGAUCGGAGUAAACUAUCCCAUCAACAUGAAUCCAGAUAUGCCACUGGAUUAUUCAUGUUGGUGUGAACCAAGCAACAUCAGUAUGGUGGAUUCUGAAACGGUGAAUUGGACUUCUCUCUCAAAAAAGGACUGCGUUAAGGUUUACAAUGGGACGCUGGCUGGCUCCGGAUGCGAGACCCCUCAGUACUACCCAGAUAUAUUUUUGAUGUCCAUUCUGUUGUUCCUUGGGACGUUUGCUAUUUCCGUCUUCCUCAAGAACAGCCGCACCUCUGCAUACUUCCCAACAAGAGUACGUGUAGUGAUGAGCGACUUUGCCGUGAUCUUCGCCAUUUUCUCCAUGACGAUCACGGACUUUUUUGUCGGAAUCCACACGCCAAAGCUCAUGGUUCCCCAAGAGUUCAAGCCGACCUGGAAAGGACGUGGAUGGAUCAUUCCUCCAUUUGGAAGCAAUCCAUGGUGGACGGCCAUUGCCGCCCCCAUCCCUGCUGUUGUUGCUACUAUCCUCAUCUUCAUGGACCAGCAAAUCACAGUUGUGAUCAUCAAUCGCAAAGAAAACAAGCUGAAGAAAGGGUGCGGCUACCACUUGGACUUGUUUGUCCUAUCUUGUCUCAUCCUCAUCUGCAGCCUUAUGGGUAUUCCUUGGUUUGUGGCUGCUACGGUCCUCUCCAUCAAUCAUGUCAAUUCCUUGAAAGUGGAGUCAGAAUGUGCUGCCCCUGGCGAGAAGCCGCAGUUUCUUGGAGUUCGGGAGCAGCGAGUCACUCACCUUCUCAUCUUCGUCAUGAUGGGUUUAUCUGUUGUCCUCACUCCAGUUCUCAAGCACAUCCCAAUGCCAGUCCUUUACGGAGUAUUCCUGUACAUGGGAGUAUCAUCUCUAAAGGGCCUCCAGUUCUUCGAUCGGAUCCUAAUCAUGUUCAUGCCGGCCAAGUACCAGCCAGACUUGACGUUCCUUCGACAAGUCCCUUUGAAGAGAGUCCAUUUAUUUACAAUUGUGCAACUCCUCUGUUUCAUCCUUCUUUGGGUCAUCAAAUCCUUCAAGGACACAUCCAUCCUCUUUCCAUUUAUGCUGGUAGUCAUGGUCGGAAUUCGGAAGCUGUUGGAUUUUGUCUUUGAACCUCGGGAAUUGAAGAUUCUUGAUGACAUCUUACCUGAGAUCACGCGUCGCAAGAAGGAGGAAGAACGACAUGAGAGAGAAUCUCUCGCUUCCCAGGGGAGCAAUGAAGAUGAGAAUCAUGACGGUCGAGGUGCAAGUCUCGGUAACUGGCGAAUGCGUCCAUCAGGGAAUUUGGUUAUUCCCAUUCAAAAAGGAAAUGUGAUUAAAAUCCCAGCUGAUGCUAUCAACAUCUCUGAGGAGAUGAACAAAAGUGGAGUCUGGAAGCAAGUAAGCAGCAGUGACCUCUUGUCCAAUAAGGACAAGGAGAAAGACAAAGAAUGCGAGAAGUCAAGCAAAAGCAGGACACCUCCUGAAGCAGGGAACAUUGGCGGAAAGAAUAGGCUCUCGCAUGUCCCCGAAGAAGAAGGGGAAGACGUUGGCAUCACGAUUAUCGUGGAUCCACCAAGCAGGAAUAACAGUUUAGGAGCGGGAGAACCAGGAGAGAUUCCCGUGUGACUCUGUUGAUACUUAGACGAUAUCGUCAUCUUCCUCUGCUCUCAUUCUUUUCCCCUACCUCUCUCCUCGCCUUUCCUAGACUUCUCUCCUCUCUCCUCAUCCAGAGCUUCUGUCAAGCAAUAUCUCAAUACAGUGGAAAGUUAACGAAGAGGCUGUUCUUUCAAUAUUGUCUCAGUACGCUUAUUCUAUUGAUUAGUUAGUGGGGAUUUCAUGGGAUUUACACCUUUUUGGAGGUCAUCCUAUGGGAAGAGAAAGCGGACUGUUGACGAGGCUGGUGUUCUGCACUUCACUAGUGCCCCACUGAGGCUCUGGGGUAACGUAAUACAGAAGACAAGUCUUUAGUAUAUUUUUGUAGACUUUUCUAGGUCUAGGAUGUUGAACUGUCUGCAGGUUUUGCUUCACCAGUUAAUGUGACAUGUAGUACUUUCCUAGGCCAUGAAAGGUGUUGUACAAAAGCGAUCCUGGAAAUGAUGAUUUGAAUGUGAUUAUUUUCUAUUCUGUCCCUCGUUGGCUGAUUUUUUUCAUGUUUUUGUCAGUCAGUCUGUCGAUAUGUGGAAUUCAUGGGCAUCAGUCAUGUAUCAAUGCAAUCUUCUGUCUCUGUUCCAGUUGGUUCUGUACCUAAUUGGUGAUUUUUCUUCAAUGUAGUGCCAAAAUGCAAGUUCUUAUAUUGCUUUGUUUCUAGCAUUCGCUUUCAUGUUAGAAGCUCCAAUGAUCCAGGUGUUUCUGAGCUUCCUCAAUUAACGCACCUAUGAUUAUAUAAUUUAAAUAUGGCUGUAUCAAUGUAUCAGCAACUACUAGAAUUGGCUGCUGGUGUAGUACCAUCGGUGCCAGCGGCCAUCGUUAGGUUUGCAAGCUGCCGAUACCGAUGCCCCAGGAAGAAAGUUUCGAACGAAGGAAGAAAUAGAUGAACGCAGUUCUGAGAACGAUUAUCAAUAGCAAAAUGAAAAAAAUAGGGCUUUCACGAUAUAUCGAUCGAUGUCUCAAUGUCAGUAUCGAUAGUUGAAGUCAUCAAUAUAUUCAAUAUCGAUGGGUGAUCAAUAUUACCCAUCGCGAUGGUCACACCUCAUCCCGACCACGGUCGAUAUGUGACUGAAUCCGCGGAUGACCCCUUGCUCCUUACCCCUCCCUCCCGUUUUCAAAGCGGCUAUCGUGACAGCCCCUAAAAAAGCAGAUCAUGGCUUCAGAAUAGGCAUAUUUCAAUAAAUAUUUGAUAUCACGAUUCUUCGCUCUUUAUCUAUAUGUCACAAUCGGCAUCGGCUUCAGUCAAUAAGUACGAGAUCAUAAUCGACCAAAAGUGGCCAACGGUACAGCCCUACUUGCUGUAUAGUUGUAUGUUUGUGUUUCUUUUUUUGUUUUCCCUCAUUCUCGUUAAGAUACCCGUGAAGGGUAUCCAUGGGCGUCCGCUGGUUUAUUCCCAGGGGGGGGCAAGGCACAAGAAUGGCAGAACAGAUGCACACACAAGUGUAAUUUAUCUUUCGUAAAAUGAUGAUAAAGUACAAGGAAUUAUACCAGGGUAAUUCCAUCUCAAAUCAGCCAGAGGCUGGAGCAUGACCCCCUCCGAUUUUUAUGAAAAUUUUUCAUGUGGUA